AUGGACGAUCAGUCCCGGAUGCUGCAGACCCUGGCCGGCGUGAACCUGGCCGGCCACUCGGUGCAGGGGGGCAUGGCCCUGCCGCCUCCCCACGGGCACGACGGGGCAGACGGCGACGGCAGGAAGCAGGACAUCGGCGACAUCCUCCAUCAGAUCAUGACCAUCACUGACCAAAGCCUGGAUGAGGCACAAGCAAAAAAACACGCACUGAACUGCCACAGGAUGAAACCCGCCUUGUUCAGUGUCCUCUGCGAGAUCAAGGAGAAAACAGGUUUGAGCAUCCGAGGAGCCCAGGAGGAAGACCCUCCCGAUCCCCAGCUAAUGAGACUAGACAAUAUGCUUCUGGCAGAAGGAGUCUCAGGUCCGGAGAAAGGUGGGGGAUCGGCGGCAGCAGCUGCAGCCGCAGCAGCCUCUGGAGGGUCUUCAGAUAACUCUAUUGAACACUCAGAUUACAGAGCCAAAUUGACCCAGAUCAGACAAAUCUAUCACACAGAGCUGGAGAAAUAUGAACAGGCAUGUAAUGAAUUUACCACACAUGUGAUGAACCUUCUCAGAGAACAGAGCCGGACACGACCCAUUUCUCCCAAGGAGAUCGAAAGGAUGGUGGGCAUCAUUCAUCGAAAAUUCAGCUCCAUCCAGAUGCAACUCAAACAAAGUACUUGUGAAGCAGUAAUGAUUUUAAGAUCAAGGUUCCUCGAUGCCAGACGGAAAAGGCGUAACUUCAGUAAACAAGCCACAGAAAUCUUGAAUGAGUAUUUUUACUCCCACCUCAGUAACCCCUACCCCAGUGAAGAAGCCAAAGAAGAGCUGGCAAAGAAAUGCAGCAUCACAGUAUCGCAGGUGUCCAACUGGUUUGGCAAUAAGAGAAUCAGGUACAAGAAGAACAUCGGGAAGUUCCAGGAAGAAGCCAACCUCUACGCAGCAAAGACGGCCGUGACCGCAGCACACGCCGUGGCCGCGGCUGUCCAGAACAACCAGACAAACUCCCCCACUACACCAAACUCUGGUUCUUCUGGUUCUUUUAACCUCCCAAAUUCUGGGGACAUGUUCAUGAACAUGCAGAGUCUGAAUGGGGAUUCUUACCAGGGGUCCCAAGUCGGAGCCAAUGUGCAGUCACAGGUGGAUACCCUGCGUCAUGUUAUCAAUCAGACGGGAGGAUACAAUGAUGGCUUGGGAGGAAAUUCACUGUACAGUCCACAUAAUUUAAAUUAGCGUUUUUUAAUAUCGCAUCUUUGGGGAUGAACCGCAGAGUAGCCCUUGCUACGCCCGUGAGUCUUGAUAGCGUAAGAAGAGAGAAAUUCCUAGAGCCGUGACUGCAAGCGAUUCGAAUUUUUAUAUUUUUCAGCCUUAUGAGUUAAAAAAUAAUAGCCUUGGAGAGAAGGCUCUUGUUCUUCGCACAGAGAUGGUCAGAUAGCUCUGUACGUGUGUUUGUUGUUGCCCACAAUCAGACACCGGGGCUGUGCUUUCGAUGUACUUUGAGCCAUUUCAAGGGUGCACGUUUCUCCUGUGUUUGAGAAGUACUUUUGGCCGCGUUACUCCAGACGGGGAGAGUAGAAGGUCUGGCAAACAGAUGCUAGCAAAUGGAGAGGUUAUGGCUUGAUGGUGAUAGGUGCUAAAUGUCCUGCCUCUCCCUGUAAGCGAUGAGAUGUGACAGUGCUCAGACCCUCGCAGGCUGGACCCCGUAGCCUGCACACAAGGCGCCAGGAUAAAUAAACGCAGAGAUCUGUUCUUCCGUCGGCGUGAAAGCCUGGGAUGAAAUACCACCCACAGCAGCAGCCUCUGUGGCGAGGGCAGAUCUUUUCCAUCCUUCGUUUCCAGCUUGCUUCUCUCAUUUACAACUUCAACAAUUAAUGCUUUGAUUUUUUCAUUUUUUUUUUUUUUAAUGUUUCAUAUUUGCUUGGGAGGUGGCUUUCAUUUGUUUUCCUUCAUAUUCAUGGACUUUAAAAUUACUGUAGGGAAUUCCCUGUCUCGCGGCCGUCUCCCCGUCCCAGGGGCCGCCCCUGUCGGUCGUGACCCGCUGUGGAUCGGGAUGCGGGUGCUGAGCAGCGCUGGGAGCCUGCAGGGAGGGCGGCUGCGGGAGGCCGGGGAGGCCGUGCGAGAUACCGCGGCCACGGGGAAUGGGAGGUUUUUCCCUCUUUUUGGGUUUCCACUUGCCAUGAGAGUAAAUAUUAAUGAUUUAAAAUGUGAUUGAAGAUGUUCAAUUGUAAAGGGAAAAAAGUACCAUUAAAUACUCAAAUCUUUUACAUUUGAAAUGUCAAAUCUUUCUUUUUGGGUUUAUAAAUAACUCAUAAUAACCCACAACAAACCAUAUAAAAAGCCUUUUAGUUGCAUUUCUCCUUUUUCAUUUAAGUGUUUUGAAAUGCUUCAGAGAAUUUGCGAUAUCCUUAUCAACAUGAUAAAAUAUGAAACUGUGAUUGCCUGCAGCAUUUUACAGACAUGAAUUCCAUCUUCACUGAUGAGGCCUGAUAAGGCGCUGUUGUAUAAUACAGUGCAUAAUCUCAAACCACCAGAGUAAGGAUUAAUUUAUUUGAAAAAAAGAAUGCUUGCUGACAACCUCUCCUCCAGCUGCCAAGCUGAGUAAAAAUAUUGUACAUUUGUUGUUUAUAAAUUUGGAUAAAAGAGGAAUGAUGUUUACUUCAGAUGGAAUAUCUUUAGACUCAUAUCUGCACAAGAGUUUUUAUUUCUCUAAGUAGAUUCUCAUAUCUUUAAAAAAUAAAAAAGCAGCAGUGCCUCUGCAUUCGGAGCAGGAUUUUGUACAUUUUCAGGCUGCGUCUGAACAGUUGAGUAUUUUAAAGCGGGUGGUGAGGUUUCAGCCUCCAUGUGAUUGCAGGUUGAUGUUGCCAUUAAUUUUCCUUAAGAGAAGCCAAACCCAAACCUUUGGGUUUGUCAGGAUAAGAGCUCCUCCGUUUGCUGUUUUUAAUCUGCAAAGGAGAUAAUUACCGAGGCUUCUUUCUCCUCCUGUUGAAGCCACAAAGUGUUUUCUUUUGUCACGGUAGAGGAACGUUUACUUUCUUUAACGUAAAACCUAGCCGGGCUGGGUGCGGGGUUCGGGGCCGGCGUGACGAGGGGCGACGGCCGGGAGGUCCCACGCGACGCCAUCGCUGCCCCUGCCCCUUCCUCCCGGCAGAGCGGCGGUACCGCAGCCCCCGGCCCAGCCAGGCCGCGUUGUUUCCGCGACGAAGCACGUCACAAGCACAUUAGCAUAGGCUAACCUUUCCCUGCCGGGAAGCGUCCCUGCCAAGGCCGGGGGCAGCGGGAGCGCGGGGCCGGGGCGGCUCUCGCGGGCUGCGCGGAGAGGCCUCCCCGUCACUUCCACUCAGCGUCCCCCAACUCACGAGCCCCGCGCCUCCCUCUUCUUGACUGACAUAAAAAUAUGUAGCGACAAGCUGUCUGCCACAGCAGAAAUUUGAUCAGACAUUGAUUUCAGCAAUUGCCUCGACCGGCCGAGACGUAAGGCAAAUUUGUUCCUGAGCGCUGCUCUUGCUGAUGCAGGCCUGACGCGGCGAGGGCCGGCGGCGUGCGGAGACGCGGAGCGACGUCCGAAACAGGGGCUGCGUUUAGAGAUAAUUGGGAAACCGAUCCGAGCAGCCCAUUUCCGCCUCAGAGCCCUGCGUUGGCGUGCUGGCGGGCCGUAGUCGCGGGGACCCGGGCUCCCCGGGCGGAGCAGCCCUGCAGAGGGCUCUGCCGGGCGGAGAAAGGCGAUGCCGAACUCGGGGAGGCGAGGGGGUUAAACGCGAUGGCCCCAGACUCGUCCUCUCAGGGGAAAAAGCUGAAGUGUCGGCUGAAGGGAUGUUCUUCAUUAAAGCGCGGAUGGUCGUUGCAGAAAUCCCAAAGUCCUAAUUGCGGCUAACAUCUGGCUAAACGGCUUCUGGCUUCCCGGCUUGUCUUUCCCCGAAGGCUCGGCGUUACCGCAGAGCGCGCUUCCCGCGUCCUCCCGCAGCGCCUGCUGCUUUUCCCUCUCACAAACUCGGCAGCCGGAGGGAGUGUAGGAAAAUCUCCUUCCCAGAGCAUCUCCUCCCAAACCCCGGGCUCGCCGGUCUGAUACUUUCCGUGUACGGUGUAAUUAAAAUGCGUAAUUGUAUCAAUUGAAUUGUUUUUCCCU